UAUAGUAAAUAUCCACCAUGGCGGGGUUUUAUCAGAGCAUAAACGACGAAUUCGGACCCGAAGUAAGAGCCACACUAAAAGAGUAUGCGGACAACAACCGAAGACUGAGCAACAUGGUGGUACGAAAAGAUUUUCUCAUACGAUGCCGAAAGGAAGGUUUGUUCCCCUCGCACAUCCAGAAUUCAUUCAAGUGCGUUUUCCAACUACUCGAGGAGCGCAGCCCCUAUCUGAGAAACCUGGAAAGCUGCAUCACAACAUUCAAGCGAAAAGUCCUAAGUCUGGAGAUCCGACACACAUACUUCAGGAUCAAACAACUGCGGGCGAUGGAACAACAACUACGCGCGAAGCUUUCCGGAGAAUUACCCGAGAGCCGAUACACCACCUUUUUCGCAUCCCAAGAGGUUUUCUUCGAACGACAAACCACAUCAAACCGACAGAAAACAAGCAAUAAAUUCGAACGGCUACUUGCAACUAUGAUUGAUCACUGUUCAAGUCGAUCGCCGUCCCUAAACGAAAAAGCAAUCCACAAUGCCACUGAAAUUGCACUACCAGAAAAAGUUGAAUUGCUGCUCAGCCUGGGACCAAAGUUUGCGCUCCCAUCCACCAAUGUUGCCGAGAUGCCUUUCUACCACCUGCUUGCUGAUGUUGAAUCCGUAAUCCAAACCCAUCAAGACGCCGACGUACAGGAGCGAACAAGAUGCAGGGUCGCGAACAACAUUCAGAAUUUCAUUCACCGACAGCAGCAUGCCGGCCCCAUGCAUCCGAAUGAAAGAUUUCUGAAAGAAGCAGAACGUGAGACAAGAAGUUUCCUAAAACAACACCCGAAUUUGUACGUGCUGAAGGCGGAUAAGGGAAACAAAACUGUGAUAAUGCACAAGCAAGACUACGUAGCACGGAUGGAUCAGCUGUUAGCAGACACCAACACAUACGAGAAGACACAGAGAGAUCCGACCAGUGCGUUCCAAACGAAGAACAACGGCAUUGUACGGCGCCUCGAAAAUUUGGGUCUACUGGAUGCAGCAACAGCGAGACGAUUGCGUACCUACAAAGCAGUGUGCCCGAGAAUAUACGGACAGCCAAAAACACACAAACCCGGGCUGCCGUUACGGCCGGUGGUGCCGUGUAUGACGUCUCCAUCGUACGAACUAUCAAAAUUCGUAGGAGCGAUCAUACAACGCUCGUUGCACAGUAAGUACAACAUCUCGGACUCGUUUAAGUUUUGCGAGUUGGUGAACACGGUUACCCUACCGGAGGGACACGUCAUGGUAUCGUUUGAUGUCGUCUCUUUGUUCACAUGUAUUCCGCAAACACUAGUGCGAAAGAGCAUCAUAAAACACUGGGAUAAAAUUGGUACACACACCGACAUUUGUCUCGACCUAUUUCUGGAGGUUACAGCCUUUUGCAUAGAAUGUAGCUAUUUUUCGUUCAAUGGCUCUUUCUAUAAGCAGAAAUUUGGCACGGCUAUGGGGAACCCCCUCUCUCCGAUGAUAGCCGACCUGGUCAUGGAAGAUAUUCUAGAUCAGGCAGUAGAAGCUGUACCAUUUCCAAUCCCAUACCUAAAAAAGUAUGUGGAUGAUUUAUUCCUAGCUCUCCCUGGGGAUAAAAUAGAAAUGGUUCAGGAAAUUUUCAACAGCCAAGACGAAAAUCUCCAGUUUACAGUCGAACGAGAGCAGAACAAUCGGUUACCGUUUCUUGAUAUGGUUAUGACAAGAAACCAGAACCAAACCAUAACAACCGAAUGGUAUAUGAAGCCUAUAUCGUCGGGGCGGUUUCUAAACUAUCGAUCGCUGCACUCGUUUCACCAAAAAAUGAAUGUAGCUUUCAAUUUCGCCAAACGGGUGUACACGUUUACGACGAACCAUCGAGAAGAAGAAGUUGAAAGCGUAAUUCGUCGGCAACUCUUGGUUAACGAUUAUCCGAAUACGUUGAUCAGCCGAGUAAUCAAUAGGGUGAAACUACACAGACAACAAGUGGACACAGCUAUGGAAGCGAACGAAAACAGACCAGAUGAGGGAGAAACUGUUUUUCGUUCGCUCACCAAUAUCGAUGGACUCUCACAACAGAUAAUCAAAACACUGAGAAGGGAAUAUCCAACACGAAUUGCCACCAAAACAACAAACACGGUUGGCGCGUUACUACCACAGAUUAAGGACAAGACACCCAACGACGAACAGAGUAAUAUAAUAUACAAAAUCAACUGCGACAACUGUGAUGGCUGCUACAUUGGGAUGACAACGACGAAGCUGAAAACGCGCAUAUCGGGACAUCGCUCAAACGUACGCAGACUGACGACACUGAGAGAAGCAGGACACACCAAUGCAGACGCAGCGAUUAUUAGUAUUAGGGAAAAGACAGCGCUAGUAGACCACGCAGCAGAAAAUGACCAUGUUUUCAGACUUGACGAUGUGAAGAUAUUAGAUAGCACACAAAAACCAUCAAAUCUUCCCAUCUUGGAAAGUUGUCACAUAUACAACACGCCACACACGGUAAACAAACGUACUGACACAGACAAUCUGAACGUAGUCUACGCUGGUCUACUCCACUCUAUCAUGAACGUAAAAAGAACAAAAUCAAACAACCAAAACAGACCGAAUGUAAACAUGACACAAACUGACGACACUGACACGACUGAAACCGAACACACAACGCACGAAUAGAACAAACUAAAACUGUCAUUUUGAAAGUUGUACGUAAAGGUAGUGGAUAGCGGUCCGGUUUCCGACCAACGAAAAUAUCUUUUUGAAUUUGAAGGUUUUUCUGAACAGAAAAAACGGACAAAUUCAAAAAACAACAAAUGACGGUUAAAAGUUUUAAAAAACUACCACUGGACGAAAAAUCAACAAUUUCAUUCG